AUGUCUGAUUGCUACCCAAUUGAUUUUGAUGGAAUCACACUGAUUGAGUCACUUGCAAAAGGUGUACGUAGACUUGAAAGACUGCUACAAGAUACUAGCGAGAAAAAAACCGAGAUUAAAGAUCAAGUGGAAGUGGUUAGUAAGCUCAAGGAAAAAUUUGACCAUUUAAAGAGUGACCCUUCAAGCAGUAAAUCAGAGAUGGUCAAACUCAAAUCUAAGCUUGUUGGAUCCAUUGGGAUUUUUAAAAGCCUCAAAAGACAGAUGAAGGAGCUCAUCAAGGAGUAUUCGCAUACGAAUCAACAAAAUGUUCAAACACGAGCGAUGCUUGGAGAUUACUUUACGAAACAUCAUUCGGUUGGAUCAACGAACUCUGACGGUACGAUAAACACUGAACCAUAUCCUGGAUUCAAGAAAUGUUUUGAUCAUUUCUACUAUCGUUUACCACAAUAA